AAAUGUUGAGUGUGUGUGGGAUGUUGGGUGGUUGUAAGAGCCAGAUAGUUAGCCGUCAGGAGUCCAGGGAGGAGGAAGCUGUUAUCUUAACACUCUUUACAACACACACCAGAUUUUGUGCUUUUGACUUUCAGCCAAAUCAGAAUUGUGAACACCAUCUUUGGCUGAAAAUAGAGCAGUUUCCACAAGUUGAUGCACAAACAAAAGUAGUGGUUUGAACAAAGUUUUAAGUUGCAAAGAAAGAGCAUUCUUAUGGAAGCCAAAAUGGAGGGAAACGUUGUGGUUAAGGAAGUGCGAAUCUUGGAGACUGCCGAGGACAUCCAAGAUAGACGUGACCAAGUGCUCUCAAGAUAUUCCCAGUUCCGAGCGGAAGCACGUCUUAAGAGGGAUAAGUUGGAAGACUCCCGGAAAUUCCAAUAUUUCAAACGUGAUGCUGAUGAAUUGGAAUCAUGGAUCCAUGAGAAACUUCAGGCUGCCUCUGAUGAGAGCUACAAAGACCCCACCAAUCUCCAGGCUAAGAUUCAGAAGCACCAAGCUUUUGAAGCUGAGGUUGCAGCACACUCCAAUGCUAUUGUUGUUCUGGAUAACACUGGCUCUGAAAUGAUUAACCAACAACACUUUGCUUCAGAUAUCAUCAGGCAGAAACUGGAUGAACUUCACCGCCUGUGGGAGUUGCUCCUGAGCCGCCUGGCAGACAAAGGAAUGCGUCUCAAUCAAGCCUUAGUUUUGGUGCAGUUCCAGCGUCAGUGUGAUGAAGUUAUGUAUUGGAUUAAUGACAAGGAAACUUACGUUACUUCAGAAGAGUUUGGUGUUGAUCUGGAGCACGUGGAGGUCCUCCAGCGUAAGUUUGAUGAGUUCCAAAAGGAUAUGGCUGCCCAGGAGUACCGUGUCACAGAAGUAAAUGCUCUUGCUGAGAAGCUGGUAGCAGAAGGACACCCAGAGGUGGAAGUUAUCACAAAGCGCAAGAAAGACCUGAAUGAAGCUUGGCAGCGCCUGCGCCAACUUGCUAUUACUCGGCAGGAGAAGCUCUUUGGUGCACAUGAAAUUCAGCGUUUUAAUAGGGAUGCAGACGAGACCAUUGCUUGGAUUGCAGAGAAAGACGUUGUACUCUCUUCUGAUGACUACGGUCGUGACCUAGCCUCAGUACAGACUCUUCAGCGUAAACAUGAGGGUCUUGAGCGUGACCUGGCUGCCUUAGAGGAUAAAGUAUCAACCCUAGGAGAAGAAGCCACACGUCUGUGUGGCAUCCACUCUGAUCAUGCUGAACAAACAAAGGCAAAAUUAGCAGAGAUUGAACAUUCUUGGUCCACACUUACAGCAAAGGCUCAGGAACGUCGUCGUCGUUUAGACGAUUCAUACUAUUUGCAUCGUUUUCUCUCUGAUUUCCGUGAUUUGAUUUCUUGGAUCAAUGAUAUGCGUGCCAUCAUUUCAGCUGAUGAGCUUGCUAAGGAUGUGGCUGGAGCUGAAGCUCUACUUGAACGUCACCAAGAGCACAAGGGUGAAAUUGAUGCCCGUGAAGAUAGCUUCAAGACUACCCAUGAGGCAGGAGAAAAGCUUGUUGAGAAAAAUCAUCAUGCUUCUGAGGAAGUAAAGGAAAAACUAAGCACCCUUACUCAAGAAAAAGCUGCUUUACUGGCCUUGUGGGAAGAACGUCGCAUAUUGUAUGAGCAGUGUAUGGAUUUGCAACUUUUUUAUCGUGAUACAGAACAGGCUGACACUUGGAUGGCCAAGCAAGAAGCUUUUCUUGAAAAUGAAGAUUUAGGAGAUUCAAUUGAUUCAGUUGAAGCUCUGAUCAAGAAGCAUGAAGACUUUGAGAAGUCACUUGCUGCUCAGGAAGAAAAGAUAAAGGCUUUGGAUGAAUUUGCUACAAAGUUAAUUGAAGGGCAGCAUUAUGCUGCAGAUGAUGUUUCUCAGAGGCGCGAACUUCUACUGGAACGUCGCACUGCCUUGCUUGACAUGUCUGCACGUCGCCGUACUAUGCUAGAAGAUUCGUAUCGUUUACAGCAGUUUGAACGUGACUGUGAUGAAACCAAAGGUUGGAUCAAUGAGAAAUUGAAAUUUGCUACAGAUGACAGUUAUUUAGACCCAACCAACUUAAAUGGGAAAGUUCAGAAGCAUCAGAACUUUGACCAAGAGCUAAGUGCUAACAAGUCCCGUAUUGAAGAGAUAACUUCGACUGGAAAAGAGCUGCUCGAUGCUGAUCAUUAUGCAAGCGAUAAAAUCAGCAGUCGCAUGGAGGAAAUUGUUCAGCUUUGGACUUCCCUGGAGGAGGCAACUCGCAGGAAGGGCUCCAAGCUAGAGGAAGCAUCGCAGCAACAGCAGUUUAAUCGUGGUGUUGAAGACAUUGAGCUCUGGCUUUCUGAAAUUGAAGGUCAGCUUAUGAGUGAAGACUAUGGCAAAGAUCUAACUGGUGUACAGAAUUUGCUUAAAAAACAUGCCUUGCUUGAGGCUGAUGUUGGAGCUCACCAGGACAGAAUCACUGGUGUCAGAAUUGCUGCUGAUCAAUUUGUAGAUCGUGGGCAUUUUGAUGCCGAGAACAUUAAGGCCAAACAAAUGACACUUCAGGAACGUUACAAUGCCCUUCAAAAGCCAAUGACAGUCCGUAAGGAGCGCCUGAAGGACUCCCUCCUUGUACAACAGUUGUUCCGUGAUAUUGAUGAUGAAGAGGCCUGGAUCAGAGAGAAAGAGCCCAUUGCAGCAUCCACAAAUCGUGGCAGAGAUCUUAUUGGUGUGCAGAAUCUAAUUAAAAAGCACCAAGCUGUUCUUGCAGAAAUAAAUAAUCAUGAACAUAGAAUUGUAGCUGUUACAUCAUCUGGAGAGGAAAUGAUUAGUGAUGGGCACUUUGCAGGAGAGGAAAUUAAACAGAGGGUUAAUACUUUGAGCCAGCAUUGGGCUCAGCUAAAGGAGCGAGCCAACCAGCGCCGUCAGGAUCUGGAUGAUUCUCUUCAGGCUCACCAGUACUUUGCAGAUGCUAAUGAGGCUGAGUCAUGGAUGAAAGAAAAAGAACCUAUUGCAGGCGGAGGAGACUUUGGCAAAGAUGAAGAUUCUGCUGAAGCUUUAUUGAAGAAGCAUGAAGCUCUUAUGAGUGAUUUGGAGGCUUUCAGUUCAACCAUUGCUGCUCUGGAUGAACAGGCAGCUGCAUGUCGUCAACAGGAAGUACCUGUUAUGGAUAUCACUGGCAAAGAGUGUGUGGUAGCUUUGUAUGACUACACUGAGAAAUCUCCCAGGGAGGUCUCGAUGAAGAAGAAUGAUGUCUUGACCCUCCUAAAUGCUACUAACAAAGAUUGGUGGAAAGUAGAAGUGAAUGACCGCCAAGGAUUUGUUCCUGCUGCUUAUGUGAAGAAAAUUGAUUCAGGUCUUACAGCAUCACAACAAAACCUGGCUGAUGGCAACUCCAUUGCUGCUCGACAAAAUCAGAUCAAGGGUCAGUACGAGAACCUUAUGGCUUCAGCCCGUGAGCGCCAAAAGAAGCUGAGUGAGACGGUGCAAGCAUAUGUGCUUGUACGUGAGGCUGCUGAGCUUGCACAGUGGAUAAAGGAUAAGGAGCAGCAUGCACAGAUUGAGGAUGUAGGGGAAGAUCUUGAACAGGUGGAAGUGUUACAGAAAAAGUUUGACGAUUUCAAAACAGAUUUGCAAGCUAAUGAAGUACGAUUGGCCGAGAUGAAUGAAAUUGCCAUGCAACUCAUGAGUCUUGGUCAGACAGAAGCUGCUCUCAAGAUCCAGACACAGAUUGAAGAGCUUAACACUAAAUGGAACUCUCUCCAACAAAUGGCACAGGAGCGGCAAUUCCAGCUUGGAUCUGCACACGAGGUUCAACGCUUCCACAGAGAUGUGGACGAGACGAAGGACUGGAUCCAGGAAAAGGAUGAGGCACUUAACAAUGAUGAUUGUGGCAAAGACUUGCGUUCUGUACAGGCUCUUCAACGCAAACAUGAAGGUUUGGAGCGUGACCUUGCUGCCUUGGGAGACAAAAUACGGCAAUUGGAUGAAACUGCAAAUAGACUUAUGCAGACACAUCCUGAGGCAGCUGAUACGAUUUAUGGCAAGCAGAGAGAGAUAAAUGAGUUAUGGACACAGCUGACAGCAAAGGCUGAUGCACGUAAAGAGAAAUUGCUCGACUCGUACGACCUCCAACGUUUUCUUAGUGAUUACCGUGAUCUGAGCUCCUGGAUCGCUUCCAUGAUGGGAUUAGUGAGUUCAGAUGAGCUAGCAACUGAUGUGACUGGUGCUGAGGCUUUACUAGAGAGGCACCAGAGCUUCCGAGCCGAGUUUGACUCUCGCUAUGGUAUACCCCAGGAGCACCGUACAGAGAUUGAUGCUCGUGCUGGUACUUUCCAAGCAUUUGAGCUUUUUGGACACCAGCUUCUUCAGUCUGGCCACUUUGCCUCUGCUGAAGUGCAAGAAAAGCUAGAUGCUAUGAAUGAAGCUCGACAGGAUCUGGAAAGGGCCUGGAUUGCUCGUCGCAUGAAGUUAGACCAGUGUCUAGAGCUGCAGCUGUUCUACCGUGACUGUGAGCAGGCCGAGAACUGGAUGUCUUCCCGAGAAGCCUUCCUUUCCUCUGAUGAAGCUGAUGCCAAGGCAGACAAUGUAGAAGCUCUGAUUAAGAAGCAUGAAGAUUUUGACAAGGCAAUUAAUGCACAGGAAGAGAAAAUUGCAGCAUUGAACUUGUUUGCUGAUCAACUAGUAGCUGCUGAGCACUAUGCUAGUAAGGAUAUUGGUGAUAAACGGGGUCAAGUGUUGGAUCGUUGGCAGCAUUUGAAGGAAGCUCUUAUUGAGAAGCGCUCUAAACUUGGAGAGAGUCAGACUCUUCAACAGUUUUCACGUGAUGCAGAUGAAAUUGAGAACUGGAUUGCAGAGAAGUUGCAGGUUGCAACAGAGGAAAGUUUCAAGGACCCAGCAAAUAUCCAGUCAAAACAUCAGAAGCACCAGGCCUUUGAGGCAGAGCUUGCUGCAAAUGCUGAUCGUAUUCAAGCUGUUCUUGCCAUGGGUCAAAACCUUAUCGAUAAACACCAGUGUGCUGGAUCUGAAGAAGCUGUGCAGCAGAGGUUAGAAUCUAUUUCAGAACAGUGGGACUUUUUGACUCAAAAAUCAGCAGAGAAAUCCCUUAAACUAAAAGAGGCAAAUAAGCAGCGUACUUUCAUUGCAGCUGUGAAGGACUUGGACUUCUGGCUUGGUGAAGUAGAAUCUCUUCUUACUAAUGAAGAUGUUGGCAAGGACUUGGCAAGUGUGCAGAAUCUGAUGAAGAAACAUCAGUUGGUGGAAGCUGAUAUCCAGGCCCAUGAUGAUCGCAUUAAUGACAUGAAUGGCCAGGCAGACUCUCUAGUGGAAAGUGGCCAGUUUGAUACUGCUAAUAUCCAGGAGAAGCGCCAAAGUAUCAAUGAAAGGUAUGAACGUAUCAAGAACUUGGCUGCUCAUCGCCAGUCACGACUGAAUGAGGCACUUACGCUUCACCAGUUCUUCCGAGAUAUUGCCGAUGAGGAGUCUUGGAUUAAGGAGAAGAAGCUAUUAGUUUCUUCAGAAGACUAUGGCCGUGAUCUGACUGGUGUGCAGAACCUACGGAAGAAGCACAAGCGUCUCGAGGCAGAAUUGGCCUCGCAUGAACCAGCUAUUCAAGCUGUGCAAGAGGCUGGAGAGAAAUUGAUGGGUGUGUCUAAUGUUGGCGUCUCGGAAAUUGAAGCUCGUCUUCAGCAACUUUCAGAAACUUGGUCCCAGCUAAAAGCCAUGGCUGAGCAACGUGGCAAAAAACUAGAACAGUCUCUUACUUAUCAGCAGUUCCUAGCUAAGGUAGAAGAGGAAGAAGCAUGGAUCAGUGAGAAGACUCAACUGUUGUCUGUUCCUGACUAUGGAGAUAAUAUGGCUGCUGCCCAAGGUCUCCUGAAAAAACAUGAUGCCUUUGAAACAGAUUUUGCUGUUCAUCGGGAUCGUUGCAGUGAUGUAUGUGAAGCUGGUGCUAAAUUAGUAGCUGAUGGCAACCAUCAUGGAGAAUCCAUCAAACAGAGAUGUCAGCAGCUGAAGGAUAAGCUUGAGGCCCUGAAUGGCAUUGCAGCCCGCAGGAAGAGCAAGUUGGCUGACAACCUAGCCUAUUUGCAGUUCAUAUGGAAGGCUGAUGUAGUAGAGUCGUGGAUUGCUGACAAGGAGUCUCAUGUCAAAUCUGAAGAAUUUGGUAGAGACCUGUCCACAGUGCAGACACUGCUUACUAAGCAGGAGACUUUUGAUGCUGGUUUAGCAGCUUUUGAACAUGAAGGUAUCCAGAACAUCACCACCCUUAAGGAUCAGCUGGUGUCGGGCAACCAUGAACAGUCAGAGUCUAUUAUUAAGCGUCAUAGUGAUGUUAUUGCUCGUUGGAAUAAGCUCCUCAGUGACUCGCUUGGGCGUAAAAACAAGCUGCUAGUUAUGCAAGAGCAGUUCCGUCAAAUUGAGGAGCUCUAUCUCUCCUUUGCCAAGAAGGCAUCAGCAUUCAAUUCUUGGUUUGAGAAUGCAGAGGAAGACCUAACAGAUCCUGUUCGCUGUAAUAGCAUUGAAGAAAUAAAAGCACUGCGUGAAGCCCAUGCACAGUUCCAGGCUUCUUUAUCCUCUGCUCAGGCUGAUUUUGAAGCUCUUGCUGCCUUAGAUCAGCAGAUAAAGAGCUACAAUGUGGGACCCAACCCAUAUACUUGGUUCACCAUGGAAGCCCUUGAAGACACCUGGCGAAACCUACAAAAGAUAAUAAAGGAACGUGACAUGGAACUGGCUAAGGAAGCUCAGCGUCAGGAGGAGAAUGAUAAACUGAGGAAGGAGUUUGCCAAGCAUGCUAAUGCUUUCCACCAGUUGCUGACAGAUACCAGGUUCCAUCUGCUGGGUUUCUCCCUAAUCGGCUAUGAUGAGAGAUCUUCCAUGAUGGAGGGAUCAGGAACACUGGAGCAGCAGCUGGAAGCUACAAGACAGAAAGCUGCUGAAGUUCGAGCUCGCCGUGUGGAUCUUAAGAAGAUUGAGGAUUUGGGACAAAUUCUUGAGGAACAUCUAAUUUUGGACAACAGAUACACUGAACACAGUACGGUAGGGUUGGCACAACAGUGGGAUCAGCUGGAUCAGUUAGGGAUGCGCAUGCAGCAUAACUUGGAGCAGCAGAUUCAAGCCCGCAAUCAGUCAGGGGUGUCUGAGGACGCCCUAAAGGAAUUCAGUAUGAUGUUCAAGCACUUCGACAAGGAGAAAUGUGGUCGUCUUAACCAUGCCGAGUUCAAGUCUUGUCUUCGAGCUUUGGGUUAUGACCUUCCUAUGAUUGAAGAAGGCCAGAACGAUCCUGAAUUUGAAGCAAUUCUCGAUGUUGUUGAUCCUAAUCGUGAUGGUGCAGUCUCUCUUCAGGAAUAUAUGGCAUUCAUGAUUUCCAAGGAAACAGAAAAUGUGCACAGCUCUGAGGAAAUUCAGAAUGCUUUCCGUGCUAUUGCUGCCGGAGACCGCCCUUACGUCUUGAGAGAGGAGCUAUAUCAAAACCUUACCAAGGAAAUGGCAGACUACUGUGUGGGUCGUAUGAAACCAUUUGUGGACCCCAAAACGGGCAAUGCAGUUCCUGGAGCCCUGGACUACAUAGAAUUCACUCACACACUGUUUUCUCAGUAGAUAACAGACUUGUAAUGCUACAAGUUUUCAUUGCUUCUAUAUAAAAUAUUUUAAGUUACCAUUCUAUGUGCACAGAGACUAUAACAAAUAGAAAUAUUAUGCUAUUUAUAUUAGGCAGCUUUCCUAUGAUCUGGUUUGUAUGAUUAGGAUCUUCUCUUGGAAUUUUGUUCAUAGUUGUAUCAGAUCUGUUAAGAUGAUUUCAUUAUAAACUUGCAGAUUUUAUCUUUAGAAAUUUUAUUACUUAGAGCAUUCAUAACGGAUUAACACAUCUGUGAACAAGAAACCCUUGUCUUACAAACGGGCUCGCGGUAGUUAUGAGCAUUGCAUAACAGCUGUGUUGAGUCAUUUUGCUUGAAAACUACUACCCAUGUCAUGCUCAGAAAUGUAUAUGUAGGCAAAGGGUACUAUUCAUUUUUCAUACCAAUAAAAUGUAAUUGGAAGAGCAUUUGCAAUCAGCAUUCAAAUAUUUUUUGAAUAUGUACAAACUUAAAUUUAUAUUAGCCAUUUUCUUGUACAAUGUUUAGUAUCCCAGGACUGGAUAUCAUAGAUGUGAAUGCUUUGAAAAUUGAAAUACAAGGUUUAUCACCCAGUACCUUUUUUU